CGAACAGGAACCCUUGGGGCCUGCAUUCUGACGUAUAAUCUUUACUACGCGUUCUGCAUCGCUCAGGGAUUUGCCGUUGUAGACGCAAUUAGCUGCGCAAUUAGCCACUUUGCAGCCAGCUUUUCCGUAAUACGAUCCACGCUGCCGCAACUUGUGCCAGUUGAGAAUCUACACUACAUAGAGUGAAUGUAACGGCACGGGCUGGCAUGCCGCGACCUCGCAAGCGCCGGGAAUGGCACGCGGCGCUCGGCGAGACUGGCUUAAGCCAAGUAUCCGGCAGCUGUGAGAUCCGCUCGCAGCUGCUGACAGAUGUAGCUGCUGGCCAGUCCCUUUCGCCAAGGGAGCGCGUCGUUGCCCACCUCCGGCACGCCAUCCGCAGCGUGUUCCCUUACAGCUACAUCAAUCUGCGCGAGCUAACGGACAACGGCAACAAGCUUCGAUGUGAGCUUGCUCUGUGGCUGCUGGAGAGUGGAGCCUCCUGGGUUCCUGUCAGCGGCGUGGAUGCUGCUGCCGCGGGGCCUGCUGCAACCCCGCGUGCUGCGUCGCAGGCAGCAACUGCGCGCUACCUGCAUGACAAUCACGCCGCAUUGCAGCUGGAUCUCAAACUACAUACCUGGCCUCGCCUGCUGAGCUUCUUGCGUCACCCACACAGCCGUGGCGUUUUCAGGCUAGAGCCGCUGGCGCCGGCUGCGCCGGCCGCAUCCGGAGCGGCCCCAGGCGGUGUGGGCGAAACCGAUGUCAGCACAGAAGCAGCAUCUGUCGUACCUGCGGUGGCGGACGGAGUCGGGACGGAUGCACCUGCUGUGCUGCUUCAGCUCAACGAGGAGGCUUUGCUGGAAGCGCUGCUGCAUGACGCGGCGGGCGGGUACCGAGCGACUGCCACCGCCCGGCUCGCCAGCGGCGGAGGGCUUGGCGCCAUUGCCGCAGCUGCAGAUGCCACCACUGCAGCCGGGGCCUUAGCGGACUUGGUCUCAGACCUGGCGUGCGAUGCCUUUCCAUUAGUUGCUACGGGCGCGCAGCCAGCCUAUGCAGCCGAAGGCGGCACGUUGGCAGGAGUCGCAGGAGCACAAGGCGCGACGGCAGCAGCGGGCAUUAACGUGGACGCUCCCGGAUGCUCAGGCAAGGCGCCAGAUGCCGCAGUUGCGGCCAUUGAGGCGGCUACAAGCGGCGAGGGGCACACGGCGGCACCGGUGCUGGCGUCGGAGGAUGCAGUGCCAGACGCCGUGCGAGCCGGGCAGCUGGUGCGGCGCCUUCUUGCUGUCUGGCUGGCACGCACCCGCCAGCUGCAGUUGGCGGGGCCGAUGCGGGCCCCGUUGCGACAGCUGGGUGAUAUCCUGCCGGGACGCCAUGCAGACCUGUGGCGCCGCUGCAGCCAGGCACCCGGGGAACGCCUACGAGUCCGUGACCUCCUGAUGGCGCCGGAGAGCUGUGGCGUGUUCCGGCUCGAGGCGCUGCCAGGAGCGGCCGCAGAGGUAAUUCUCGACGUGGCGGCGCUGUGGCGGGCGGCGACUGGCAACCAGACAUCGUCAGCACCGGCGUUGAAUGGACACACGAGCGUGCAGGCGGCUGCACCGGCGCCAGUCGCAGGCUCGGCCGCGGCAGAUGCCAACACGGGCGCGGGUGGCUUGGCGCCGGCAGGCUCAGUCGCUUCUGCACCCGACGCACGUGGCGGUGGGGCUGCCUGUGGAGAGGCGGGGACUAUUGCAAGUGCGACCUUGGCGGCCGCGGCCGCAGCGCCAGCAGCAUGCGCCGCUAUGAGCAGUGGGCGGAAAGUCAGUCAGAAGGCCCCGCACCUGUGCGCUCAAGCGGUCCCUGACGAGGCCGCAUGGACGGCGUUCUUGGCGGGCCUUUCCCUGGCUGAGCUUGCUGGUCUGGCGUUCCCUGCCCGAAGCCUGGGCAGUGGUGGCAAGGGCAAACAAGGCAGCGGCGGUAGCAGCAAACCCAGCAGUAGCAAACCCAGCAGCUUGCAUCAGGGCCGGGUGGGGCACAUGCUGCGGCGCGCCGCGGCGCUGCGGCUGGCAUGCAUCGGCGAUGGCGCGGUUGAUGGCAGCCCUGUGGCCCCCCUUAGCGACCUGGAGGUCUACCUGCAGGAGCAGCACAUGGACCUGUGGUGCCACCCCGGCUACAGCAACACGCCGCUCAGCGAGCUCCUGCUACAGCCGGAGAGCCAGGGCGUGUUCGAUGUUGUCGACCUGCCCUUCAGCACGUCGGGCGCCGCGCUUGUAGCGCUGAAGGUGCAGCGCCUCCGGGCCCUGGCGGCGUCUAGCGGAGGUACCAGAAUCGAGAUGCGGGCGACGGCGAAAGAGUCGGCCGCAGUGGCCGCGGCUUGUGCCGCGGCGGCUGCAGCGGCCGCCGCGCCGCCGGCAGGGCUCUCACCCGCUGCCGCGGCCACGGCUGCGGCAACGGAGGCGCUGCGUGGCGUGCCCGUCAGUGUGCUUGCGCGGCUGGUCUUUCCGAGCUAUGCGGGCGGGGCAUGGGCUGAUCACGAGCACGCCCAGCAGCUGCGCCGCGCCAUGGCGAUCUGGCUGGCAUGCAGCCCAUGCGGAGAGCUGCUGGGUCACCCCAUGAGCGCGACGACCUCCGACCUAGCCAACUUCAUCCAGCUCCGUCACAAAGCCGCGUGGCAGGCCUGCCGGCAGUACUGGUCGCGGCUCGUCGACUUCCUGUUAGAUCCAGCCAGCUGUGGCGUGUGGCGGCUGGCCCGCAUGGAGCUGCCCAAUCGACAUUGGCAGCCGGCGGUGUGGCUGGUGGAGGAGUCCUUCCUGGGGGCCGCAGCUGCGGCCGCCUUGCGGGGCUCAGCAGGCGCUGAUGGGGUCACAGGCGUGGAUGCAGAUGAGGCGGACACAGAUUGGGGCACAGGCGUGGGCACAGCCGCAGCUGCAGGCGCGGGUGCGGGCGACGGCGCAGGCGGAAGCGCAGGCGUACGCAGGGGCGCAGUCACGGGCAUUGGGCUGGGCGCCGACGCCGAUGCGGAGGUGGGCGCUGGCAUGGGCUUUGACACAGGCGCAGACAUGGGCGCCGAUGCAGGCGCGUACGACGGCGCUGGUACAAGCGGAGGCCCAGUCCCGGGCGCGGGUGCGCGUGUACGGGCAGUAGAUAGCCUGGGCAGGCCAGAGCCGGCGCGGGCAUUGGCAACAGCAAUCAAGUCAAAAGCAGGAGCCGCCAAUUGUGGAGAUGCGGCUGCAGACGCAGCGGUUAUGGAGCCUGGGACAUCCGCUUGGCACAGCGGAGGAGCAGCGGUACACGCGACACCGGCCGCAGCCGUGGCGUGGCAUGCUCGCGAAGCUCCGCUCUGGCCGCCAUCGCCACAGGAACUGGCUGCCCUGAGCCGCAGGCCCAUCCAGCAGCUUGCCGCCAGGGCCUUCCCCAUGAAGGUGCAGGGGCUGUUAGUCCCGUGCCCCCGCGCACGGCAGUUGCGGCGCGUGGUCGUGGCCUACCUAGCCAGCAGCCCAUCCGAUGAACAGCUGGGACCGCUGUGCGCGUACGUGUCGAGUGUGGGUGAUUUCUUGAGGAAGGAGCACCCGGCGGCCUGGCGCCCGCAUCUCACGACGCAGCUGAAGAAGCUUCUGCUGAGCAGCGGCAGCCGCGGCGUCUUCGUCAUGCUCGGCCGAAGCCCCGUGCUGGGGGACUGCAAGCAGGCGGCGGUGGUGCGGCUGGACAUGGAGGCGCUGGUGCUGGCGGCAGCAAGGCCGGAGUAGUAGGCGGCCACAGCAGCCCUGUGGUGGGCGGCUGCACAGGGGGCUGGAGCGGCGUGGCGCGAGGACGCUGCUCGUGCGGCGGCAGGAGGAGGAAGCAGCAGCGGGGAAGCGUUGCUGUCUGCGGGUGCACGCAGGGCCGAUACGGGGUCGUGCGCAAACAGUGGCCGCAUCAGCGCAGGAGUGCGGGGUCGUGGGAACGGCGGCAGCAGCUUGUGGGGGCAGCGCGGCGGACGCGCAGCCGCGCCGCCAGCCAGCAGACCACGGCAGUGGCCGAAGCGGAUGCAAGCGAAACCUCUGCACCUGCAGCAGGAACAGCAGUACGAGGGUGGGUGCAGCCGAGGGCACCAUAUCUGACACGCGCACCGCAGCGGGCCGCACGCGCGCUGUAAUGGACGGCAGCCGGCCGCGGGGCACGUAACAGCAGCAGCGGCAGUGGCGCCUGCUGCAGCUCCGCACGGUUGGCGGUGCUGCGCGCCAAAGCGCUCCACCAGCUCGCCCACUUGGCGGUUUCGGGUCAUUUUAAGGGCCAGCCUGCCCCGGACCAGGCAGCACACCAGCUGCAGCGUUGCAUUGUGGCAUGGCUUGAGAACGCCGUGGGCGGGAGCAGUGCGGGCCGUUCGGCGCACCCCUGUGCGCUGUCCAGCAUUACCUUGAGCGCGCGCACGCCGAGUUUUGGCUGGAUGCCGCAGCAUGCGUGGCCACCGCUGCAGAAGUUCCUGCUGCAACCACAGAGCUGCGCUGUGUUUGUGAUCCGGAGGAAUGUGCGCCCAUAUGGCACGGUGGUGCAGCUCGACACAGAGGCGCUGGUACUGCGGCAGGCACACGGGGCGCCGCGGCGGGCUUGAUGUGAGCGGUGCAAGGCAAAACGCGGCGAGGCGGGUACUGGGGACAGUGCCACUUUGGCAGGUGGUGGUGGCGGUGGUGGGGGUGGGGGCACGGGGUGGGGGUGAACGACGUGACUGGUGUUGUUAGCGGUUCGUCGAAUGAAUGGCUUACAAGUAAUGUACGAAACUGAUAUGGAAUGAGUAUAGCACUGAUGAGCACGCUUGCCAGCGGGAAGCGGCUUGGGGAAUUCGGUGCAAGAAGCCGCAUGUGUGGAAUGUGGGCGUUUGCAUACAGUCAUCCAAUCAGAACGAUGAUGCAUCCGUAGCCAGUCCAGAAGGACCAAGCAUUAGCAAGAGGACGGACCGACGGAGCUGGCUGACUGGCUGUGCCGCUGAGGCGCUGACGUGAACCCAGCACGCGCCAUUAAAUGUGGGCACUGGACGAAGUGACAGGUGGAUCCAGCGGAGGUGGGGGUACACGGGUAGGAACCAUAAUGCCAGACCCCAUGCCCCGAAACCCGUGGGACCCCCCUCUGGACCCGACGAUCGGCAACGGACUGGCGAAAUACG